AAAUUGUCACAUGAUAGUUAUAUUUUAUCUUUAGUAAAAUAGGUUUUGUUUCUCGACUUGGACUAGUGCUUAAAAAUUUUGAAAUGAGGCAUGUUUUAAUAAAGUCAAAUGAUGAAGACCAUAACGAUAUCAUCGUACAUUCAUAAAUAAAAUUAAAAAUUAGAAAGUAACUUGUUGCUCGAACAAUAAAUUAAAGAAAACUCAACUGUGCAAUUUUUCGUUAAAGAGAAAUUAUUCAUUCCCUUUUCUUUGAUUUUCUUGCCCAACUUUUCCUUCUAUAAAUCAGCCUCCCCCACAACCUCAUAAACCUCUUCCUUGUCUCCUCUUUCUCCCCUAUAGAUUAUAGGUUUUCUUCUGUUUUUUCUUCACAUUUCUUGUUUCUUGAGUAGAUUAUGCAAAUUUGGAACUGAGCGUUUGAUUAUUCAAAAACUCAUUUGUUAAAUAAUCACAACUCUAUCUGUUUCGCCAUCAAAAAUUCAAAAUGUCCUAAAAGUCAGAUGCUGCAUAUUUUGUUCUUGAUGUUAUGUCUCAUGUGCUCAUUGAGAUUUUCUGUUUAGGGUUUAUGAUAAAUUCCUCCCUCACACGCAGGACCCAUCUUGGUCAAUCUUUCUCUGUAGUCUAAUCUUCCUCUAUUGGUUCUACGUGUUUCCCUAAGUAACCUUUUUAUGAUAAGAAUUUGUAAUCGUUAGCAUACUAGCACCAGGGUCCUGAAUAUUUUUUGGAGGGUCGAUAUUGUGUAUACUAGACGCGUAAGACCAUGCAAACUUGAAAGCAUUUUUGCAGCCACAAAGCGUACAUAGCUCUCACAUAUCAGUAUAAAUUUGUCUUUUUUUUGCUUGUUUUCGUAUUUUAUUGUUGUUCAUAAUCUGGGAAGUUUCGUGUGAAGUUAUAAAUGGAUGCUUCCAGUGGAAAUUCCUCUGGAACUGCACAGAUUCAGAACUCUCAUUCUGAAGACAAAUUGCAGGAUUUGAUGGAUCAAAGAAAGAGGACGAGAAUGCAAUCAAAUAGGGAAUCAGCAAGGCGAUCAAGGAUGAAAAAACAGAAGCGUUUGGAUGAUCUUUCGGCCCAAAUUGCUCAACUGAGGAACAAAAACAGCCACAUCUUAACAAGCUUAAAUCUCACCACACAGGAUUGUAUGAAAAUGGAGGCUGAAAAUUUAGUCCUUAAGGCUCAGUUUGUGGAACUUAGCGAAAGACUGCAGUCCCUAAAUGAAAUCCUUAAUUACAUCAAAUCAAACAGCAAUCGCAUGUUUGAGGAUUUCCAGGGCUGUCCUGAAAGUUUAAUGUACUUUUGCCAAUAGCCCAUCAUUGCCUCUGCUGAUAUGUUCUAUUAUUGACUGUUGUCUUUAAGUAGACUGUAAAGUACAGGACAAAAUUAUAGUGUACUGUUCAGUCCUACGUACUUAAAAAAAAAAAAAAAUAAUAAAAAAAUAUUAAUGUCUUUUCAUGUGGUUUGUGUGGAGCAUAUAUUCAAUCAGGUUCGAAGUAAGGUCCCCACCAAGAUAUACACACACGGUAGGCUCGUCGUAGUUUUUUUUUUUUUUUUUUUUAUAUGUGGGGCCCACCUGCUACAGUGAGGGACCUGACAAGUCUCUGUGAAAUUAAUCCAUGUAUUCUAAUUAAUUCGCGUAUAUUUGUGGGUGAAUUGUACUGUUAAAUUCUAUCAAGUACUAUG